UGGUUGCCUGUCAAACUUUAAGUCAUCCAAUACAUUUAGAUAGGCUAUGCAAUGCAUAGCGGGGGUGGAUUCAGAAAGCCUGGGACUGGGAGGAGCAUCUGGGUGCGGGAGAACGAAUAAAAGCAGUGUUCACCGGCAAGUGUCACAGCGAUGUCAUCUGUAGGAAUAUGUGCGCUUGUAAAUAAGUUGUCUCCCCUCAUGAUCGCUUCGUCCGAUACCCCAGUUGGGUCGAUCCUUGGAUAUUUCUAUUAAGGAGCAAGAGGGAAUUUAGAUAGGCUAUAGCACGGUAUUACAGUGUGUCGACAACUAAGACAAACAAGUUGUUUAAUUCAAUGUGGAAUUUGUAAGCGUUUAUAAAGUUUAGAAUUUAAUGUACAGUGGCCAGUGGCAAUUACGCAUGUAGCUAACUGGUAGAAAACUAAAUUUACUCCAGAAAGUGGGCCUAUGUGUCUAUGAAGAUGAGCUUCAUCUUAAAGAACACGCCCUAAUAGAUGAAGUAGACAGAUAUAGGACCUAUGGGAGAGAGGGAGUUGGAAAUCUCCGUGUGCGGCUUGUGUCACACUCUGUGAAGCUAGUAGGCCUAUACCUGAGACACUCUAAACUGAGAAACAUAUGGUGAACACACGCCAACCGAAGAGUCUUGUAAGGAUAUCUUUCCACCUUUGUGACGGAACUUGGGGUUAUUCUACGGGACACGGUAAAUUUCACACAUUUAAGGAUUUCCUCCACCUGUGAGCAGUCGGCGUUGCCAACUUCCCCCUAGUGUGUGCACGGCAAGAGGGGGAACAUCAUGAGUAGAAAGACGCGUCGCUGGAUUUUUCACAUUUUUCUCUGCUUGGGGAUUGUGUAUUUGAAAAUUGGGGGCUUUUCGUCUGUGGUUGCUCUGGGGGCAAGUAUUAUCUGUAACAAAAUUCCCGGUUUGGCCCCUCGUCAAAGGACGAUCUGUCAAAGCCGACCCGACGCUAUCAUAGUCAUCGGAGAAGGAGCACAAAUGGGAAUCAACGAGUGCCAGUUUCAGUUCAAGAAUGGACGGUGGAAUUGCUCUGCCCUUGGCGAGAGGACUGUCUUUGGAAAAGAAUUGAAAGUGGGCAGUAAGGAGGCUGCCUUCACCUACGCCAUCAUCUCGGCCGGUGUGGCUCACGCCAUCACGGCGGCCUGCACCCAGGGCAAUCUAAGCGGCUGUGGCUGUGACAAGGAGAAGCAGGGCUUCUACAACCAGGAGGAGGGCUGGAAGUGGGGCGGCUGUUCGGCCGACAUCCGCUAUGGCCUUAGCUUCUCAAAGGUGUUUGUGGACGCGCGCGAGAUCCGACAGAACGCCCGGACGCUCAUGAACCUGCACAACAACGAGGUUGGCCGAAAGAUCCUGGAGAAGAACAUGCGACUAGAGUGCAAGUGCCAUGGCGUGUCGGGCUCAUGCACGACCAAGACCUGCUGGACGACGCUGCCCAAGUUCCGGCAGCUGGGCUACAUGCUGAAGGAGAAGUACAGCCAGGCCGUACACGUGGAGGCCAUCCGCGCCAGCCGCAACAAGCGGCCCAAGUUCCUCAAGGUCAAGAGCACCUUCCGCAAGCCGCUCGACACCGACCUGGUGUACAUCGAGAAAUCGCCCAACUACUGCGAGGCCGACCCGGUGACGGGCAGCAUGGGGACGCAGGGCCGCAUGUGCAACAAGACGGCGCAGCAGCCCAAUGGCUGCGACCUGAUGUGCUGUGGCCGCGGCUACAACACACAUCAAUACUCGCGCGUCUGGCAGUGCAACUGCAAGUUCCUCUGGUGCUGCUAUGUCAAGUGCAACACCUGCAGCGAGAGGACAGAGGUGUACACCUGUAAAUAAUGGGAAUAGUAUUAUUAUUAUAUUAAUGUUAAUGAUGGUAAUAUAAAUAUAUAAAUAUAUUUAUUGGAGUAC